CUGAGAUUCAUAAUUGAAACCAAUUGUAAACGUGGGAGGGAAAGAAAUCGAGAUUCAAUCGAAAUAUUGAGUGUGAUUCUAGGGCUGGUUGUUGCAGAAAGUUGAAUGCUGAGAGAAUUCCACACGCCGAAGAUUUCUAAAAUACAUAUUGUAUAUAUUAAAAAAAAAGUUACCUGAUGCAAUUUCUCAAAUUAUAAAUACAAAAUGGACAAAAUGUUAUUUGUUUACCGCCAUAAUCCGCAGAAGAAGAACCUUGUAUUUUGAUCAGUGAGGAAGAUGAUGGCAGAGAUAUUGGGGAUGCCCUACAACACCGCCGUGCGGAUGGCAAUGGCUUCGCUCGAGCGAAAUUUGUUGCCGGACGCCGUCAUUCGAAGGUUCAUCCGCUUGUUAAUCGCCAAUCGUCUUCGCUCCGGCUACAAGCCUUCCUCUCAACUCCAACUCUCCGAUUUGCUCCACUUUGUACUAUCUUUAAGGGAAAUGCCCAUAGCUAUUAAGACUGAUCGGCCAAAUGCUCAACAUUACGAACUACCAACAUCCUUCUUCAAGUUGGUUUUAGGGAAGCAUCUCAAAUACAGCUGUUGCUAUUUCAAUGACAAGUCAAGUACCUUGGAAGAUGCCGAAGAGGCAAUGCUACAAAUGUAUUGCGAUAGAUCACAACUGAAGGAUGGUCACACUGUUCUUGAUAUUGGAUGUGGCUGGGGAUCACUCUUAUUGUACGUUGCUCAAAAUUAUACGAACUGUAGGGUAACAGGAAUUUGCAAUUCAACCACGCAGAGAGGUUACAUUGAGGAGCAGUGCAGGGAUCUUCAACUGCAUAAUGUCAACAUCAUAGUUGCAGAUAUCAGCACAUUUGAAAUGGAAGCUCAAUAUGAUAGGAUAUUUUCCGUUGAGAUGUUUGAGCAGCAUAUGAAGAACUACAAGGACCUUCUCAAAAAAAUAUCAGGAUGGAUGAAAAAGGAUGGUCUCCUCUUUGUUCAUUAUUUUUGCCAUAAAGUUUUUGCCUAUCACUUGGAGGAUAUAAAUGAAGAGGAUUGGAUUGCUAAAUACUUCUUCACGGGCGGUACGAUGCUUUCUGCAAAUCUACUUCUCUAUUUUCAGGAUGAUGUGACUGUCAUUGAUCAUUGGCUCUUGAAUGGCAAGCACUGUACUCGGACAAGUGAGGAGUGGCUCAAAAGAAUGGACAAUAAUAUAGUUUCAAUAAAGCCAAUAAUGGAGACUACUUAUGGGAAGGAUUCAGCUAUGAAGUGGACUGUUUAUUGGAGAACAUUCUUUAUUGCAGUUGCUGAAUUAUUUGGUUACAACCAUGGAGAAGAAUGGAUGGUUAGCCAUUUCCUAUUCAAGAAGAAAUGAAGCAAGCAAAGCUCUAAUCAUCGAGGCAACAAAUUAAUAGGUUUAAGCUGCAACUUUUCUUCCUAAAUAUUAAAUAAAAUCCGUCAAUAAAUAAUAAAAUCCAAAUAUACAUACUAAAAAAAAUAUGGGUUUGGCUGUUAAAAGAAUUAGGCACAGUUAGACCCAGGAAACAUACUUUCAUUAUGCUAUCAUAAAUAUACCAAAUUUAAAUAUUAAAUGUUAUUAAAUAUUUGAAAUAUCGAUGUUGAUGAAAAUAU